GGGCGUCGGGACGCUGCGUCGGGACACCCUAGCGCACCGCCGCGUGGUGGCGGACCCGCGUGCUGCGCCGACGUCGCGCCGAACCCGGUUGCCAUUCGCCGACCGUCACGUGCCUUUGUGGACAGCCGGCCGCGCGCGGUGCGCAUCCGUCCAGGAUUACGCCACCGACUGAAGCGGACAACCGUGCUCCGGAUCAAGUUCGCGAGAUAAAGAGAGAAGAAUAAAAUUAAACAGUGCGCACGUGCAUUUGCUGAGCGCCGUGGAGUAACGAGCGCGUCGAGGGGCGUGUACUGCCUACGAGAGCAGGUCCACUCUUGGGAGGACGCCGCGGCGACCUCGUCCGCAGCAGCAGCCUUUGCGUUCCACGUGCGGCGGUCGCGGCGGUGAUGGCGGAGCGUCCGUGGGAUGACGGCCUCGGUGACGGCCUGGAUGAUGGCGGCCUGCUGAUCAGGCGUUAGCGGGCGGGAGCGCCAGGAAGCCGGGCGCGCGGGGAUCAUGUCACCAUGGACGGGGAGAACCGCAUCAUCCUCAACGUGGGCGGAAUAAGGUACGAGACGUACCGGACGACGCUCAGGAAGAUCCCCGCCACCAGGCUCUCCCGACUCACCGAGGCGCUCGCCAACUAUGACCCGAUACUCAACGAGUACUUCUUCGACCGACACCCGGGAGUGUUCGCCCAGGUGCUCAAUUACUACCGGACGGGCAAGCUGCACUACCCGACCAACGUGUGCGGACCGCUGUUCGAGGAGGAGCUCGAGUUCUGGGGCCUGGACUCCAACCAGGUGGAGCCGUGCUGCUGGAGCACCUACAGCAUCCACCGAGACACGCAGACGACGCUGGCCAUCCUGGACAAGCUGGACAUCGACGCCGAGCGGCCCUCUGCCGAGGAGGUGGCGCGCCUGUUCGGCUACGAGGAGGACUACCUGGCGGGCAACCUGUCGGCAUGGCAGCGGCUCAAGCCCAAGGUGUGGUCGCUGUUCGACGAGCCCUACUCCAGCACCGGCGCCAAGCUCUGUCUUCCAGAGUCGUGGAAAACUACCAAGCAGGUGGUGGCCGUCGUGUCCGUCUUCUUCAUCUGCGUGUCGGUGCUGUCCUUCGCGCUCAAGACCCACCCGGACAUGAGGGUGCCCGCCCUGCGCAACAUCACCGUGCAGAUCACCAGCCCCUCGUCCAACAGCAGCAGGGUGCAGUACGCCUGGACGCUGGACAAGGAGCGCACGGACCCGCACGAGGCCUUCUUCUACGUGGAGCUGGCCUGCAACGCUUGGUUCACCUUUGAGCUCGCCGUCAGAUCGGUGGUGAGCCCCAACCUGGUUGAGUUCAUCAAGAGCCCCGUGAACGUGAUCGACUUCGUGGCCACGCUCAGCUUCUACACGGACGUGCUGCUGCGGUCGUCGGUGGCGCACCGCGUGGACAAGGCCGACAUCCUCGAGUUCUUCUCCAUCAUCCGGAUCCUGAGGCUGUUCAAGCUGACGCGCCACUCGCCGGGCCUCAAGAUCCUGGUGCACACGUUCCAGGCCUCGGCCAAGGAGCUCACGCUGCUCGUCUUCUUCCUCGUGCUGGGUAUCGUGGUUUUCGCCAGCCUCGUUUACUACGCCGAGCGGUUGCAGGCCAACCCCCACAACGACUUCAAGAGCAUCCCCGAGGGCCUGUGGUGGGCCAUCGUCACCAUGACCACGGUGGGCUACGGCGACAUGGCGCCCAAGACGUACGUCGGCAUGUUCGUGGGCGCGCUGUGCGCGCUGGCCGGCGUGCUGACCAUCGCCCUGCCCGUCCCCGUCAUCGUCUCCAACUUCUCCAUGUUCUACUCCCACACGCAGGCGCGGUCCAAGCUGCCCAAGCGGCGGAGGCGGGUCCUCCCCGUGGAGCAGCCCCGGAGACAGCCGCGGCCCGACGGUCCCGGCGGUGGCGCCGGAGGCCCCGGCGGCAUGAGCAACCGACGCAUGAACGCCAUCAAGCACCCCGGCGGCGCCAACACCAUCUUCAAGGAGGCCUUCGCCCCGACCAAGAUCGGGACCGUGAACGGCGUCAACAUGAUCGGGUUGGCGCUGCAGGGGCAGUCGCUGCCGGGGAUGCAGGUGGCGCGCCCCACCGGCUCCGUGGACAUGACGUGCUCGCCGGCGGUGCAGCAGCUGGUGCCCCGGGAGCCCACAGUAAUGGCGCCGCCGGACCCCACGACGCUCAUCCUGUCGUCCAAGGCCUUCCUGGCGCCGCUGUCCAACGUGGGCGUGCCCGCGCUCACGCCCCGCGGCCCCACCAUCGGCAACAUCGACAUCAUGCUGCCCCUGCAGCCCCGCUUCCUCACCGUGGCGGCGGUGGACACCAAGUCCAAGGCGGAGGCGGUGACGCCGAUACCAGGCCCGGUGGCGGCCCCCAUCACGGCGGGGGCCAUGGCCUUCGCGGGCAUGGCGCAGAUUCCGGGGCUGGGGGCGGCCGCGGGGCUGGCGCUGGGUGCCGGGACCGUGGCCGGGGUCGCGCAGGUCGCCGGCACCUCGGACAUGGUGCCCGUGGUCGUGGUGCAGUCCCCGCCCUGCCACGACGCCGCCACUGCCUCCACGUCCACGGCCUCCACGUCCACGGCCCUGCCCCCCGGGACGGUGGUGGACGUGGGCACCGGGCCGAUCACCACGACGGACGACAGCAGCUCGGAAAGCACGAGCACCCCCGUGCCCGGGGCGCUGCGCUCCGCGUCCUGCUCGUCCUCGUCGCCGCGGAGGCGCCACCAGGUGCACCCCGAGCAGGAGUCCAUGGUGCCUCACGACGUGACGUGCCACGUGGUCCAGGUGGAGACGCAGUCGCAGGACUCGGCGUCCGUGGCGUCCACGGACGAGGAGCGCGAGAUCAUGCUGACGUCGCCGCCCAUCCCCACGCCCGAGCUGUGCCGCCGCCACCCGCACCUGAUGUACGCCCGCCAGCGCUCGCUGCAGGCCUACCCCCAGGCACAGGCGCACCCCCACCCCCAGGCGCACCCCCCGGGCCCGUCCUGCUCGUCCUACUGCGGCCUGGGGUCCUUGGGCUCGCUGCGGCAGCUCGGCGCGGUCCCCAUGGGCAGCGGACCCUUGCCGACGGACCCCCUCGUCCCGGACCCCACGCGGCCGGUGCAGUCCGUGAGCAGGCGGGCGAGCCAGCCAGCACCAAGCAAGGAGGGGGCGUCCGGGCCGAGCCAAGAGUUCAGUGACAGUUCGACGCACCUCUGAAGAGUGCCUGUGCCUUUCGUGGAGAGGAGAGAAAACUCCUCCGGCUCUCCGGGGUUCUGCCCGAGAGUCCCUUCGGCUGUGUCGUCUGUCUGCAGAUUUUGUGAAUUGUAUGAAGUGAGUCAAUUUUCUCUGGUCAGCCUCUCAGCUGGGUGCGUUGUCCCUCUGUCUGAGCAUGGCCGCGCCAAAUGCCUGCAGCAUUAUUACAAAAUAAAAACUCUAUUUUUAUUAGAAAGAAAAGGGAGAGGGUGUCUGCUGUGUCGUUUGUCGAUGAUGUUGAAAAGGACGUGUAAACUUGCCUAGGAUUUCGAUCAGAAAGAAAUUUUGAUUGUUCUGAUACAUUUUUGCAUAGAUCAGGUGAUUCUUUUCUGACUGGCGAAAAUGAGUUACUUUCUGAUUUGUUAAUUUUCUUGUUCAGAAUUAGAAAUUAGAGAAACAAUAGGGAAAUUCUGAGGAAGUUUACACAAUUAAAACCAGAAAGUUUCAGCAUACAGUGAUAACCCUCAUGUGACACAGUCAAAUUUCAUCUGGUUCAUGUUUUAUACUUAUUUAAUCUUGCUUGUGUACUUAUUAUGUCUUUUCUUGUGUUCCUUUCCUAUGCACUGUUACCCGGAGAUUUUCCGGAAAGCAAAUUGUGACCACCUUUAGAUGAAAUUUAAUUAUAUAAAUUAUUUUUA